CGGCGGGGAGCAGCGCGGCGUGGCCGCUGUGCAGCGCGGAGCGGCUCCGCGGGGGUAGCGGCGCCAGCUGGGGCGGCGAUGGCGGAGCCUGCGGAGAAGCUGUACCGGGCGGAGUACGCCAAGAGCGGCCGCGCUUCGUGCAAGAAGUGCGGCGAGAGCAUCGCCAAGGACUCGCUGCGCCUGGCCCUCAUGGUGCAGUCACCCAUGUUUGAUGGCAGAAUCCCUCAUUGGCACCACUACAGCUGCUUCUGGAAGCGGGCUCGAGUCGUGUCCCACGCAGACAUCGACGGCUUCCCCGAGCUCCGGUGGGAAGAUCAGGAGAAAAUCAAGAAAGCUAUUGAAACUGGAGGCCCUGGAGGAGGAAAAGGAGGGGAACAAGAAGGAGGUGGCAAGGCUGAGAAGAGCCUCAAUGAUUUUGCUGCAGAAUAUGCCAAGUCUAACAGAAGUACUUGCAAAGGCUGUGAACAGAAAAUAGAAAAGGGCCAGAUCCGAAUUUCCAAGAAGAUGGUGCAUCCUGAGAAGCCACAGCUGGGAAUGAUAGAUAACUGGUACCACUCGGACUGCUUCGUGAGCUGCCGAGCAGAGCUGGGCUUCCUCCCGGCCUAUGGGGCCACCCAGCUCCUGGGCUUCAGCAUCUUGAAAGCUGAGGAUAAAGAAACCCUGAAGAAGCAGCUCCCAGCCACCAAGAGUGAAGGACAUCGAGGGAGCUGAAGGUGGCAGGAGCUGUUGCACCGUGCGUGUUGCUGGACGCCAGAGGGCCCUGCGUCU